AUGGGUUUAUUGGGCGUGUUCGGCAAUGGACUCGUUCUCCUUGUCAUCGUGGUCGUUCGUGAUCUUCACGAUGUCACCAAUGUCCUGAUCGGCAAUCAAUCUUUGAUUGAUCUAUUGACGUCUCUCCUUCUCCUAGCCAGCUUUGCCGCACCUCUACCACCUCUCCCAACCAACAACCCAAUACUUGCUCGGUUCAUCUGUGCAUUUUGGCACUCCAAGUUUCUUUUCAUGUCCAUGCUCGUUGCUAGUUCGCUCAAUCUAACGUUAAUGACAUUGGAGCGUUACUACGCCAUCGUAUUCCCUCUUCAUUACCACAGUCGGACCAAGUCAGCAAGGUUCAUCUGCCUUGUCGCUCUACCCUGGUUAUCUGGAUUCGCCUAUCAGCAAACCUUCAUGUGGUUCACGAGGGUGGACCAAGAUCAGUGCAUGGUGCUCCAGUUCCCAAGCGAUGCGACAAGAACUGGUUUCGCUUUCGGCGCCGCGUUCCUGCAGCUUGUCUUGCCGCUCGCGGUCAUGGUAUUCGUGUACACCUCCAUAUCCAUCAAGCUGAAGUCAUCGGUGGAGGAACAAUUCAACAAGAGAACCAGCAAGACCAGAGGAACGGAAACAUCCGUUUCGCAAACCCGUGUAACUCGACUCGUCGACCACCGAAGCCGUGCCCGAAGAAAUGUACUCAAAGUAAUGGUGACUAAACCUAUCUGCUGGAACUGCGUGGUCGCAAAAGACGACCAAAUGAAUCGCUCCAAGAGCUCGGACGAAACAUUAGAGAAUUGA